CGGGACCGCGCAGGCGCAGGCGGCUGGGAGUCCGGCCACAGUCCCGGCGGAGCCUGAGGUUGCGCCGGUGCUGUCGCUGCCACUUGCACCGCUCACCAUGAGCCGGGCACCCCGUCUGCUGCUGCCCGCGGUGCUCUGCCUGGGGCUCGGCGCCCUCGUGUCUUCCUCGGGGUCCUCGGGCGUCCGAAAGCGAGGUCCCACGGUUACGGACAAGGUCUUCCUUGAUGUGAAGAUUGGAGACAAAGACGUGGGUAGAAUUGUGAUUGGCCUCUUUGGAAAAGUUGUACCCAAGACAGUGGAAAACUUUGUGGCUCUAGCAACAGGAGAGAAAGGCUACGGGUACAAAGGGAGCAUCUUCCACCGCGUCAUCAAGGACUUCAUGAUUCAAGGAGGGGACUUCACAGCUAGAGACGGCACCGGAGGUGUAAGCAUUUAUGGUGACACAUUUCCUGACGAGAACUUCAAACUGAAGCACUAUGGCAUUGGGUGGGUCAGCAUGGCCAAUGCUGGCCCUGACACCAACGGCUCCCAGUUCUUCAUCACCUUGACCAAGCCCACCUGGUUGGAUGGCAAACAUGUUGUAUUUGGAAAAGUCCUGGAUGGGAUGACUGUGGUGCACUCCAUAGAACUGCAAGCCACGGAUGACCACGACCGCCCAUUUACCGACUGCACCAUCGUCAACAGUGGCAAGAUCGACGUGAAAACGCCCUUUGUGGUUGAGGUCCCCGACUGGUGACAGAAAUGUCACGAAACAGGGAACACACUCCGGCUGGUCCAUGUGUGCACCUGCUGUCCACCAUCCGUCCUCUGAUUCUUUGGCUACUUUAAGUUGUACUUUUUAAAAAAUUGUCUUUUAAUUUCCCCAGUCCAGAUUGCAACAGAGAUUUAAAAAUCCACACAGAUGUCCCAGAAAGCACUUAUGAUCUCAGCAUUUGGGAGUUAGAGAGAGGAGAAGCAGGGGUUCAAGGCCAGCCUUGGCUAUAUAGAGUUUGAGGCUAGCCUGGUCUUUGUGGAACCUUGUCUCAAAAAAAAAUCACACCAACAACAAUAAAAAUCAAUCAACCAACGUUUAUUGUGCAUGACUUUGCCAUAUUACCUGAGCAGGUACUUUAAAUUGAAACAACAUAUCUUUCAUUUACAAUGGUGCUAUUUUUACAUCAGAAAACUUUGGUUUGGCUAUUUAUUUUUAAGAACAUGGUCUUAAGCUGGGCAUGGUAGCACACACCUAUAAUCCCAGCACUCAGGAGGUAGAGACAGGUGGAUCUCUGUGAGUUCAAGACCAGUCCAAUCUACAGAGCAAAUUCCAGGAUAGCCAGGGCUACACAGAAAGAAACCCUUUCUCAAACAAAUAAGAACACUGUCUUUUAAUUGUUUAGUUUCACUCAGUUCCUUGUGAUCGUCACUGGGUGAUCUGGAAGGUUUGUUUGAGAAAGGUGAAUAUAAUGAGGUUUAGAAUUCUCUGUUCAAAUAAUUCUUGUCAGGUAAAGGGAAAUUUGAGUAUUAUCGUAUGUUGUAUGUCAUCAGCAUUUUUAUGCUUUGAUGUUCUUUUUAUUAAAUUCUUUUUAUGUGAA